AUUUGUUAAAUACAGGAAAUAGCUAGCCUAUUUUCUGUGUCCUAUAAUCAGUAGGCCUACAGUACAAGAAAGCCUGCCUUGUCUGGUAACAGAAUCUUGAUGCAACCUUAGUAAUGUCUACAAGAACAUUGUCUACUGUCUCCGUAGUGCCAUAACUCUAAUAGUGGUGUGAAAUCUUAACAGUCCAACCAAAUGGAAGAUUAAUGAUUAUGCUAAAUAGAUGAAUGAAUAAGCCUAGGUCACAGAAUCAAAAUGCAGCCUUAAGAAGGUUUUUAAGAACAUUUAUUGUUGCCAUAACUCCAAAAGUGAUGUGAAACUUUAACAGUGGAACCACAUGGAAAUCAACCAAGAAGCUAAAUAAAUCAGUGGAUAUACCUAGGUCACAGAAUCAUGAUACAGAUUUAGGAAGGUCUUUGAGAACAUUGUCUAUUGUCUCCAUAGCGCCAUAACUCCAAAAGUGAUGUGAAACUUUAACAGUGCAACCGGUAUAUGGAAAUUAACCAAGAAGCUAAAUAAAUUAGUGGAUAGACCUAGGUAACUUUUAGUAUAGUUUUACAAGCAAGCUGUUGCAGGACUCAAAUAUUUUAUAUAGGCUUAUUUUAAUUUUAUGUGUACUGUGCAUUUUGAUGUCUCAAAAACAGGCCAUGUUCAAAGGAAGUGCAAUUAAUCAAUUGCAGAACUAAACUUUAAUUUCGUAAGAAAUAUCUCUUGUAGUAGAUUGAGAAGAAUAUACUGCAUAAACGUCUAGGAGGAACCCACCAUAAGUAAGAUUGUUUACUUUUAUUCCCUGUAUUUUUACAGUUAAAAAGUGACUUUCAAUUUAUAACUGUAAACUGUGUGAAAUACCAUGGCUUCUGUAAACAGUUUACCCAAUGAAAUUCUACUUGAAGUGUUUUCGCACCUUGAUAUCUACGACAUCACAUUUUCUGUCAUGUUUGUUUGUAAGCGCUGGAACAUUGUUGCAAGGGAUUCAAUGUUGUGGAAUAAUUUAGUUUUUAAGGUAGACAGAACUAAGCCAUGGGAUUUUAACUUUAAGGGUAUUAUUCAACAUUUAAAAUGGUUGAAGCAUGUUGAAUUGCGGUGGAGAACAGACACAAAUGAUAUAAUUGAUGCAUUAGUUCAAUUUUGCCCAUGUUUAGUUGGAUUCAAACUAAUAUAUUGCCGUAAAAUAGGUGCAGACAGCAUAAAAAAAUUGUCUGAUAGCUAUACAGACCUAAAAAUAUUAAGUUUUCGCAAUAGCUAUAAUAUACCAAGACAAUGCCUUGCUGACAUUGUUUUUCUACCCAACCUCACAGAACUAAAUUUAUCACACUCCUUGUUGACCUCAGAUCAGUUCAGGUCGAUAUCCAAGGCAUGCACUAAAAUUGUAUCACUUGAUAUUGAUUAUGUCAGAGGUAUUCAAGAAGAUGAUCUGGUCGUGUUUCUUUCUCCAAGGUAUAAUUGUCUAGAAUCCUUGUCUGUUUUCGGUGAGCUCUUCACUGAUAAAAUAUUCCAAUACCUGGAAAAAUGCUGUAAACUCAAACUAUUGCGUAUUUCUUCCUGUACAAAUAUUUCAGAUACUUGCUUAAUCAGUGUUGAAAAAAUGAAAAGCCUCAAAUCUCUAACUCUUAUGGAAACUACAAAAUUGUCCGCCAUCGCACUAAGGAACUUUUAUUGUCACUCUGAUACUGUAAGAAAUGUUUCAAAAUUGUACAUUUCUGCAAAAAGAUAUGUAAACAACAAUGAUAUGUCCGUGUGGUAUAACAAUUGUUCAAACAUUAAACAAAUACAUCUGGAUAAAUAUUGUGACUGUGUUUUAGUACAAGAUGGUUUUAUGGUUUAUAUAAUUAUGUGAAUCAUUCUAUCCUUAAGAUGCUGGCUAAGUAAAUGGUAGUAUUUAUAACGUGUUCUUUGUUUUUCCCAAAUUGAUUUCAAAGUCAAUUAAAAUUCAUUGUUUGGAUAUAAUCUGGACUCCUGUAAUGUUGUGGUUUUGUAUUUGAUGGAUUGCUACCAAAUAAAUGACUUUGAUAGUA